AGAGGAGACGAAAGUCAAAACGUCUGUUUUUGACGCAGCAGCGCAAACUAAGUGCGCAGGCAGUGCGACGAAUUAUCACGUUCGUAGGCCACAUAGAAGUGAUGUAAAUAAUAUAAUAAAACCCACGUAACGUAAACAAGGACUAUUUUAGUACUUACAAAUGCAUAUGUACCUAAUAAAUUGCGUGUCGUGAAACUAAAAACCAAAGAUUACGUCCAGUGGUAAAUACGACACAAGUGACAAAUUGACUUUUUAUAGACAACGUAAUAAACAUUUAUUAAUAUUUAUAAUGCAUUCGUGAUUUGUCGAUAGUAAAGCGAACUUUGUUUUGUAAAAGGACUAUAGUUUUUCUUGGAGUAAAAUAAUAUCUAGGAACGCCGUGUAUUGGAUGAAAAGAAAGAGGGUGGCGGGCGGUAGGAAGGAGCGCGCGGCGCGGCGGGCGGGCGCGCGCGGCAGGUGACCGGCUCAUGUGGGCGGCGGGCGCGUGCUGCUCGCGCCAGGCAGCUAGCAGGCACUCAUGCGUGACGGGGUGACUAACCGUGGCGGGGUGGCAGGCGAGGGCGCGGCGGUCGCGCGCACGCCCGUCAAGACGUUCCAGGCGUACCUGCCGCCGGCGCACCGCACCUACAGCUGCAUCCACUGCCGCGCGCACCUGGCCAGCCAUGACGAGCUUAUAUCCAAGUCGUUCCAAGGCAGCCAGGGGCGCGCGUACCUUUUCAAUUCAGUUGUAAACGUGGGGUGCGGACCGGCGGAGGAGCGCGUGCUGCUGACGGGGCUGCACGCCGUGGCCGACAUCUACUGCGAGUGCUGCAAGACCAUGCUGGGCUGGAAAUAUGAGUACGCGUUCGAGUCGAGUCAGAAAUACAAAGAGGGCAAGUUCAUAAUCGAGCUCGCUCACAUGGUGAAAGAGAACGGGUGGGACUGAGUGCCGGAGACUAGUGUGUGCUCGGACUAUAGUGCUGUGACAUGAACGGACCGAGACUCGAGUCAAUUAACCAGCCGAUCGGCAUCGGGAUGUGAAGUGAUCGGGAUCGGGAUAUGCCACCACGCAGGCUCGAACCCUCGUGAUGACGUCACAGGCGAGGCCUCCUCGCCCACCUACGUAGCACAGAGCGAAUCGAGGCGCACGAACCAGUCGUAGUCGGAAAGAGAUUAUUUUUGUCAUACUGUAAAAAAUAUUAUUGGAAUAUCGGCGACGACUGGUUCGUGCGUCUCUGAAGUAAACGAGCGAUCCCGACGGAUUGGUAUUGAAUGAUUGUACGGAAUUGACCGAUUGUCAUUAGGCUUCAAGCGCUUGAGCACAGUGGUUACAUACACAUAAGUAAUCGAUCUCAGCCGCCCAGCGUUGGGCAGUGGGCUUACAAUUUAUACUAAUUUUUAGUUUAUAAUUAAAAAAAAAACGAUUUUAGUUUCGCCGCUGACGCGCGACUUACCCUUAAGUUGUAUUAGGUUAUUUUACACGUAAUCGCUGUAUUGAGAGAACACUAAUACUUUCUCUUGUCCCCUUAACCUGUGAUAAGUAUGUUAGUGUAGAGUUUUGAAUUUCUUGAACGAUUUUUUCUCAAAAGAGUUGCUCAGAGAUGUCAGAUGUAUGUUCCUAAUGAUUUCAGCUGUACAAGAUGGCUUUUAUUUUUUUUUGUUUUUACUUUUUUACAUAGAGAACUAGUCGAAACAAUGUGUUUGCGGAGUUAAAUUCCGUAAUUAAUUUGCGCUAAUUAUUAUGAUUUUGAAUUUUUAGUUAGAUCAUCAUUUUGAUUGUCCAGCUGUAUCUGUAUAUGAUUUUCUUUUGGAGGAAUACUUACAGAGUUUAAAGUUAAUUUGAUCUUUUUUGUUUACUUGAUAGUCGGUAAACGGAGAUGAUUCGACGCGAUCGUGAUCAAUUUUUAUAUAGAAGAAGGUUUAGGAGCGAGUUUUAUUAUUCAUUUAUUGUUUCCAUUAAAAGUAUAAUAAUAUUUAAUUAGUAGAAACAUUUAACCCCGUAUAUUUUAUCUUAAUAUGCAUAUGGUACUUCAUUUAAUUAAUAAUAAUGAUGUUAUCCGUGUAAGAAAUAUGCAUGAGCUUCGAUUUACCAAUGAAUGUAUCGAUAUGUCGACGAUGGAAAUUCGUACAACCCUAUUACUACAUUUGCGGAGGCGACUUGCGUGAUGUGACGAUGUGAUUACGGACGAUGUGUAUGACGUACUAUGAUAACGUACUUGAUUGGUGUCUCCAUUGCAAGUUAAGUGUAUCUAAUUAACCUAAAGAGCAUUUCCAUAUUAUUUAUACAACAAUAUAGUAUAGUACGAGAUCCAGCAUAAGGAAUAUAUAUUUCUAAUAACGGCUCUUAGACCAGUACCUUGUGAAACUAUGAAAUGGACCUUCGAAACUCGCUACCCGAGUAAAAUACUUAACAAGCCACUUUUAAAUCUUAUAAUGUUGAAAUGCUCUUGAACGUUUUAAGCAUAACGUCCGAUAAUACUAUAAAUAUAAAUAUAUACAUUUCAACCCGACUGCGCGUUGAAGGGACUUAAAGAACGAUGUUAUUGACUGUACUAAAUAGUUAUAUUAUGGGAAAAUGUACUAUAAUAAGCAUCGAAUUUGGGAUCAUAGUGUGCAUAGUCUUUGUGAUGAACAUGUAUGAGUGUGUAAAAAGUAUAUAUGUAUAAUUCGGAUAGUGUUAGCCUUAUUUAUAAGCAUGGACUAAGGAUUUAAACUUCAAAUUUCUUCCAAGUAAAGUGAACUUUAAACAGUAGGUUUUAAGGUGUACUUUACUUUGAAGAAUUGUUUAAAUUUUCAUGUUUAUGAAUAUGGUUUAGAGUUUAAAAUAUCGUGUGGUAAAUAGUCGGUGUGUUCCCGACAAAUUUCGGUCUCAUCAUGAGCUGAGUAACAAACGAAAAUCGUUCGAAAUUAUUCGGGAAUACACCAAGCAAAAUGGAUUGUAAGUGCGUAUUGGUAAUUUGAGAGAAGACGUUUUGCUCGUGCUUUAGUGAUUUUAUAAGUCAUUGUAACUAAUUACACAAUAACACAUGUCAUCAAUGAUAAAAUAAGCUCACGUGUCGUAUGAUAAACAUUGUCUAACUAGAUAAUAGCCAAUAUAAUAGCCCUACACACCAGCUAUUCUAUUCACUAUUUUGUCUUUAUUAUCAACCUAUUAAAUUAAAAUUAAAAUCAAUUUACAAAAUGUCAUCAACAUACUUUAUCAUAUCCAGUAAGCACCGGAUGACAUUUGUAUUUUGUAUAAUAGUAUUGUUGUUUACUUUAAUAUGUUGAUAAUAUAAACCAAAAUAGAAAAUAGGCCAGUAGGCUGCAAAUGCGCGCAUAAUAGUCGAGAUGGGAGAAAUACAAAUGUCGAUCCAAUGAUGUUAGAAGAAAAGAGAGGUAGAUAGGUUAUACGCGGAUCUCAAGUGGCACGUUAAAACUAUGCUAAUUAGCAAACCUGAGCUCAGUCGCCGCACGGUCAUCGCGCCGUUGACAACGCCGCUGAAAUAACUUUUGUAUGCGAGUUGUAAACAUCGAAUGUAGUAACCUAUCUAUCUCUUUUUUCUUCUAACAUCAUCGUGUCGACCAAUUGGAGCGGAAUCUAAACUAUCGAUCUCUCUUUUAUUGUGUUGGGAUGAAAGAGAGGUCUUUUUCUUCACGUAUAUGUCACCGUAAAGUUGUAAAUACCGUUAGAUUAUAAUUUAUUUCACGAAAUUGUAAACUGUCGAUAGAUUGUGAACCGCAACAUACUGCUUACAAUUUAACGUGUUAUUAUUCGGUUUAUUAUAAGGAAGAAUGUACAAAUGAAAAAAAUACCUAACUUAACCUAACGUAACCAAUUGGAUUCUGAGGCACUCAAGUUCCGGUUCUUAGGAGUAUGUAUGGAGUUCACAACCUUUUGAUAGUUCACAAUCUCGCGAGAUAGAUUAUAAUCUAACGAUAGUUAUAAUUUUAAGAUCACAUAAUAUUACAUCCUUAACGCAUGUUGCGCCUACUGAAUACAACAAAUACAUAUAAUUUGAACUGACACUAAUCGAUGUAUAGCUGUAUAAUUAAAGAUAUUACACUUAUUACCUGCAAGUCAGGAAUAUGCUAGAUUUGGAAAUUUACACAAACAUGCAAAACAUGGUAGCGUAGUCGGGUUCACAAAAUCCUUAUAUGUAUUGAGUUAAUUCUAAUGAUAUGCCCAAUUCACGUCCUAACACGCAUAAAUCCCUAUAAUAAAAAUAACAACGAACUUAUGUUAGUCACAUCCCGACAUAUGACUGAUUUAAGUUUACAUAUUUGGAUGCGUUUGAUUUGUCUCCAAAAUUAGAACAUCCCAAAAAAUCUUGGAAAGGAAUAAGAAAUGACAUCUUUAGACGCAGCUAGCAAAAAUGCUUAUGUGAAUAUAGAAUUAACUCGAUACAGUUUUUAAACAUUAUUAUAUUCGAAAUGCAAUACUGCCGUCCGCUGACUAGAAGACUAUGAUACAUUUUGGGAUAACUUUAUUUAAACAGUUUAUUUUGUUUGUUUUUGUAACCGCGUACCAAACUAGGGGUAAAUAUGCCAGUUAUUGAGACUACACUAAAAUCCUCUUCAGACAUUUCACUCUGAAACAGGAAAAGAUGAACCAAUUUUGGUGAAGUUUGGGACAAUUUCAACCUGAAAAUAAGGUACGUAUUCCUAAAAGAUGAAUAAGUAGAUUUUAUGAAUGUAUUAUAUUUGCAAAACGAAAAAACCCCAAUAGAUUUGAGGAAAACAUUUUUAUCAAUGGAAUGAAAUAAAAUCAAAUUAAUAAAAUCUAUUUUAUACACAUCAGGUAAAGUCUUUAGUCUACGGACGGCAGAAGCGUGAUUUUUGCCAUCGUGAAUAUUUUUCUAGCGCCCAACUGUCACGAAGAGUUAACAAUACCAAUUAAAACAGUAUUACAGUUGUAAAAAGAUACUGUACUAUAACGGUUACAUAAUGUACUACAGCUUGUACUACAACUUGUACUACCUUUAUGCAGCUUAAAUAGUCUUAUCUGUUGUUGUUAACUCUCAGUGUUUCUAGAAACAAUCCGUUGUUUGAAGGAAAUUUUUAAGGCGAAGAUUAAGUGAUAUUUCCUUAAGAUUUAAAGCGUAUAGCUCUAUCAGAAGAGCCAUUGUGACCUGUAUAGAUUGUUGACACGUAAACAGCCCACGGGUAGCCGGUUCGAUUCCCGCCGCAUCAGUUGAUAUAUUGUGACGUGUUUCGCCUUAUGAAUUUCACCAUCGCCUUUUUUAUCAGAGCGUUGAAACUGCCACUAGUGUUAUACAAAUGUAUUAUACAUAUAUAAAUAUUAAAUAAUGAACUCAACAUAGCUAGACGCUCGUUGGUCGAUAAUAUUAUUAUAAUAAUAAUAGUAAUGGAUGUUUAUUUUUACAAUAGGUAACGUAAAAUAACUUUCAUUUGAAGGCGCGUAUUCAUUUGGGAACUUACUCGUCGAAGUGUAUACGCGGCUUAAUAAGGUAAGCGCAUACGGUGACUUACUCUAGCAUAUUGAUGCAAUUCCAUAAUAUUAUACUUUACUUGAUGACUCGCAUUACGGCAGUAUGGUUGGUCUAAGCUCUACCCCCCUUUAACGCAUAGCGUAGCGAGUCAUUUCGUUUCGGUAGAACCACAGAAUACAUACUCUUAAUGGUAAAACAAUAAAAUGAUAUAUCACGAUGACGAUCUAUCAUCGUUUUUCGAGUUGCUGCUAAAAUAUAUUAAAGCUGAAUUUUGUCACCGUAUGCCCUGGCCAUUAUACGACGUCCGUUAUGUUAUUUUCUAUUAGACGUUGAUAUUGAUACGGUAAUACAACAGUUACAAUACAACUUUAUAGAAAUAUACCCACACCUAAAUUAAUACGAAGGCGAGCCCCGCUCAUUGGUCAUUGUCAUUUCCACUCACUAAGUCCUAACACAAUCUUCACAACUUUCUGGAGAAGGCAUGGAAUAUUGGUCAAAAAAAAUGCAAAUACAUACUUAAAACAAUGAAUUAUUUCAACUACAAAUCUAUAAAUGACAGUAGGUACGUAGUGAUAGGUCUCUACAAAUUGAAUUCUUAAGAUUUUAGAGCUUCUUCUUAUCUUCUUAUUUAUAUCUUAUCUGUUCUUAUUCAAUACUAUUCUUUACACUCGAUUAUUAUUUAGUAACGAAUAACUAUCAAUAUCAAAUUGAAUGUGGAUAUCCUAAUGUCUAAAUAGAAAAAAAUGUGACGGACCGAGUGUAAUGUUUGAUUUACACCUGUCUAGUACGACCGAGGCAAAUCUUCCAGUCCCCUCGACUGUCUCACUCGGUCGAAUACUGGAUAAGUGUAAGUUAGGCUUAACAGGAUUGUAUAGUGUGAUACAGUUAUCUAAUUAUUAUUAUCGGGACGAAAGACGUAAGUACUUGUUACGGCAUACAUAUGUACACUCUAUGGUGGCGCCAAUUUGGAUAUAACAGAUAUUUGUCAUCAUCAUCAUCAUCAUCAUCAUCAUCAUCAUCAUCAUCAUCGUCAUCAUCAUCAUCAUCAUCAUCAUCAUCACCAUCAUCAUCAUCAUCAUCAUCAUCAUCAUCAUCAUGAGUUCUGGUAUUAAUGAUUUUUUUUAUCCAAACCAAUUUCAUCAAUACACUAAUAGUUUAUGUUGAAAUGUUUGAAAAUGGUUUUUUCCGACAAAAAAAUAUGAUACAUUCUGUUACGCCCAAAUCGACGUCGUAUCUUAAGUAACAAAAAUAUAAUUAAAUAUGCUCUAAAUCUUCAAUCACAACGGACCUAAGACUAAAACUUAACUUAAACUGAAUGUGUGAAUUGUUGUCCCUCUGUUACACAAUAAUACAAAAGCUAAGUUUGGCUUUGUUCGUAUUACAUUGGCAUGUGCUAAGAUUUAUAGGCUAAGAGUUGGCUAAUGAUUUGUUCAUAGUAAUUAAAAACAAGAAACAUAAAAAUGAUUUACACGCUAAACUUGAAUUUUAGAAUAUACAACGGUUGUUCAACAUCAAAAGAUCUAUGUAAGAGUGAAUGUGUAAUAACAAAACGUUUCGCCGCUCUUAGCCUAUGAAGUCCUCAUCGUGCAGUAUGACACCGUUUGAUGACGUCACCUGUGCUUUUCCCUACAGCUUAUAUUAAAACGUGCUCGUUGAAACGAAAAAACGUUAUAUCUGUAACGUUACUCUUUAAGGUUCGGGUUACACAGAUACCGGUUCCGCUCCGUUCCGGUUUCAUUAUAAAUUUAUCCACGCAAUAUUAAUACAUGCAACGAAAACAUUAUUACUAGAGUUUUAGGUAUCGAUCACGUAAUGAUUUUAAAUCAAUUUUAUCAGAACUUUUUAAUUAAACUUUAAGUAAUAUGUUACUUCAAAUAAAGACAUUACAUACAUUGUAAAAGGUUUAUGCUUUAGUUGUUAAUGUUCAAAUGCUAUAAAUAGUAUCUGAUACAGCCAGAAAUAAGUACGCGUUAUAAUUAAAAGUCUAACUGAAACCGGUUCGUGUAACGCGAACCUAAUAAAUAGCAUUUCGAACAUGCUUAUUAGACGCUAAAAUAAACUGUUGGUGUUCAAUAAUGGUAUAUGUAUUUUGUGAUAAAUGCGAUCAAGAUACGUCUUUUUUGUAAUAAUACGUAAGGUUAAUCGGUAAACGCAUUGCAAUUUGCAAAGUUCGCGAUAUUGUCUGUUUUGUGUAUAAUCAUAUUAUCUGAUAACAUAGGGUUAAGAAAAUGUUAAGAGUACAUACAUGUGCACAAUGUUUCAUGAAAAACGACUUAUCACAGCGCUCCCACACAGGUGUUAACAUAACUAACUUUUACUUUUUCAUAACACAUUCAUCAAUAACUGUAUCGACAUAACGGUUAUAUCGAUAACGUUACUGGUAUGUAUCAGUAUCGAUGUAACGGUAUAAAACGUUAUUUAAUUAAGGUGCUUUGUGGUUAAGCUAUGAAAUCAGUUAAGAAUGUGUAGGUAUAGAUCAAAGAAUCGAUGUGUUGAUCGAAUUAUAUUCCUGUGCAUCUUCAGACUUCAUUAGUUACUAUACACCGGCGCAAUUUCUCUUUGAUUUCAGCAGUGUUACAAAUUUUGUUUGUUACUUUGUAACAUUUAGUAAUAGAAUGUUAGGUAAUAUAUUACAGUCUUUGUAUAACAUUCUGUGACUGUGUGGGAGUGCCAUCAAAGAAGACACUGUCCAUGUUUGAGAGUAAUUCAUGUAAAAUUUUGUUUCUUCUAAAAUACCAAAAAUAAUACAGACGCUGUAAUAGUAAAGUAGAAUAGGAUGUUAGCGAUAUUUGAGAUGUCAAAUUAAUUUGACAGAUAGAUCUCUGGUACAAUGUUGUGGUGUUCAUUCUUUGUGCAAGUAAAAUUAUCGCAUAUGAACCGUGUCAAUAGAUGUAAUAAAGCUGGGUCCACACGCGCGCACAUGUUCGACGAAGAAGCUCUGUUUAAGCCAUAAUUGUGAAAUGAAAUAGAAGUGUGAUAACCUGCUGACAAAAAUAACCAAAAUACUUAAUUAACUUUAAAACGUCGGACAUGUUUGCACGGGAAUUCUAGUCUAAUUUUCAUGAACAUUAUGCUAAAAAGGCGUAUUCACGAGACACUAUGAAGUCUUGUUAUGCAAUCCGGCACAAUAAAAUAUAUGAACAAAUAUAGAAAAACGGAGAUUAAAAAAAGAAGUUUUCGAUUUAAUAAUAUAAAACAUUAUAGCAAUAUAUACUUUAAUAAGAACCAACGCACGUGAUUGCGCCCUCAAGUAUGUUGUCAGCUCAAUUAAGUGUGUAUUGUCCUUAAAAAAUAUUAAUUAUUUUGCUAUAAUCACAGGUGAUAAUUUUCUGUAUUCGUCCACUUACACUCGCCUCUGGAAACAUAACUAAAAGGCUUCAUAGUGUUCGUGUAAAUACAAAUAGUCAAGCUCUUUGAGAUUGUCACAGUAGUUUUUAAAUUAACACUCUUAGACCUAAAUGUAUAUCUUGUCUUUGCCGUUCGAACCGAGACACACCCAAAAAAAAAAUAUCAUGGUGACGUAAAAAGUGAGAAAUAAAAAAAAGAAGUUAGAUUUCUGUGAGUAAUGUAUUUUUCUACUCGAUCGUUUAGGGAUGCUAUUAGAUAUUUUUGGACCAUUGUUAAGAUUGCCAUCAGUAUUGGAGGUUAUAAAGAGAGAAUAAAUGUUAGUUUUCGCGGAUGUUGGCCGAAUUCGGUUGUUGUAUUGUUCUCGAGUUAAGAGAUGUUGGUGGAAACACCUUUGCUACACCCCAUCUCAAAUUGUACAAAGGUGAUAUUUUGUAUGCAAUAAACGCAUGAGAAAUAACCAACAUUACCUCACGCUUAUCUAUUCUCCUGGGUUUUGUUGAUAAACUCUAUAGUUCUUCUAUUCCCGAGAAAAAGUGGUAUUGUAGCACUUUGUAUGAGGUGAUGUGUCGCAAAUGUUUCCACCAUAGAUUACGCUUACCAACUUGUUGAAUAUUACAACUUGCACCACAAUUUAUCAUCGUUUUGGUAUUUUUAAGGGCGCAAUUGACUUAAAGACAAAGAUCUUUACUGAUUGAUUUUAUUCAAACUAAUUUUCAAGUAAUAUAUGUUACACAUGUUAAUGACGUGGACACAUGUGCUACAUAUGCGCAAAUCAAAAUAUAGUACAGCAUUAGCCCCCAAAUAGAUUUCAAACUGAUCUCUUUGAUAGAUUUAUGUAGUUCUGGACAUCGAAAUGUUUCACUCUACACACGGAAAGUGUUAAUAUGUUUCCAGCUUAUACAAAACGAAUGCAGUAAAAGUACAAGAUUAUUUUUAGAGAUAUAUCUUUUUAAUUCAUCCUUUAUGACGUCUAAGUUUGAUAUUUGUAAUUAAUAGUAAAAUUAAUGAAUCUAAGACACUCUAUUAUAUUAGCUUGCUUUAGAGCAUAGGGCUAAUAUAAUGGAAUUUGUUUGAUGCAAAGUUUUUCAAAAUAGUACCAGUACCAUUUUUCAAAAAUAGUACCAGUAAAGUUAUUAACGUUUUUUUGUAUGUUGUAUGGUUUUGUUCCAUACAUUUUGUAUGGAUUAACUGAAACAACUACUGCACAAUGUACACAAUAAACCUGUAAUGCAAUAACUUGGUUGCCCGUAUGUGUGCAAUUCUCAAUUGUGAUUUAUCGUCUCUUAGAAAUACCAAUCCACCUAUUGGAAUUUUAACUGAUAACCAAGAUGGUGGUGAAAGCGGUGCAUUACGUCGUUUGAAAUUGAAAACAACGGCUCCGGUAGACAUAAUUAUUAUGCUGAAAAAUACGUCUACAGCAUAAUAUAAAGAUAUAUUUCGAACCGGAGCCGUUUUUCGAACGUUUGAAACUACUCUGCGUAAGGAUCAGCAUGCUAACCAAAAUACGAAAAGAUUUUAGGAUAUGCCCAUAGGUAAAUAAAAUCCGAUAUAAAAAAUUCUGUUCAGGCAAAGUAAAUUAUCAAGUCAGAAAACAGUCGUGUACAAAAUAAAUAUAUGAUUUCUUACGUCGCGUAGUUUCACGAACGACAAUCUUCAACUCGCAUAUAACAACUAAGCACACUUGAUACAUUUAGCACCACCCAUUAGACACCAACAACUAUCCACACUUCUGUGCGUGUAAUUUUUCAUUAAAGAACAUUCGGGCACUCCGAAUACUGAUUAACAACUCAGAAAUGGCUUCAUCAUGUCAUAAGAAAACAAAAUAUACCACGCACUCAAUACUGACCCUCUUAACCUAAGAAAACGGUUCUGCAUGCCGUUUAUAAUAGCAAUUAAUUAAACAAUCUCCCGCACCUGGUUAGCAGGCCAUAUUGACCAAUGGAAACGAUUCUCGCCUGCAUUAUUAUUAUGGCAAGCGAAUGACCAAUUAGUGUGAAAAAGUGAGUUAUUUAUUAACGUGACGUAACCUAAACGAUGUUAAAUGUAUCAGGAGUGCUAUAGCCCUAAGACAUAAGAUAUCCCGUUAGUUAUCAAGGAAACCGCUUAAUAUUUUUGUAUUUUCCUAGUAUGUAAUGACGAAGCAUUAUAAAGUUACGUGGUGUCUUCUAUGAUUGUGUACGCAUUAUGCUAUAGAUGAGUAUUUGAUAAACAUUUGGUUGAAAUAAUAAGUGCGUAAUAAAACACUUUUUCGUAUUGAAAAAUAACAA